AUGGUUGAGAGGGCUAAAGUGUUAGAGAAAAAUAUGGCUGAGGCGGAACAACAGAAGAAACAACAGGUGUCACGGGGACCGAUUUUAUCAAGACCCAAUUUAAAUCGGAACAGGACUCCAUACGCUCGUCCAGCUCAGGCAAGUGGGUCUCAAGCUUUGGUGGUAGAUGGACAAUCAGGACAAUCGGGAACAGUCAGGUGCUUUCAAUGUGGGGGACCUCAUUUUAGAUCAGCAUGCCCUCAGUUGGUCGGAGGAAAGUAUUGUAAUCGGUGUAGAAGAAAUGGCCAUCUGGAGAGCGAAUGCAACAUGGGCGGACGUGCUGUUAUAAGGCCACCGAACGCUGGAAGAAACCAGCAAGGGAGAGGUAGUCGAGCUCAGGCUGUUGGACGAGUGUAUGCCAUUACAGGAGCGGAAGCCGCGAGCUCAGGUACGCUCAUCACCGGUACCUGCUUAAUUCAUGGAAAUUCUUGUUGCGUGCUGUAUGACUCGGGGGCAACACACUCCUUCAUCUCGAAGGCGUGCGUUGAGAAACUGGGGUUAGCAGAGAGUGAAAUGCAGUUCGACUUGGUGGUGUCAACCCCAGCGGCUGGUGAGGUGAGAACGUCUACAGUAUGUGUUAGAUGUCCUCUUGAGAUUGAAGGGCGUAGGUAUAAGGUGAACCUCAUAUAUUUGCCUCUCAAGGACUUAGAAGUGAUUUUGGGAAUGGAUUGGCUGACUACCAAUCACAUUCUCAUAGAUUGUGGAGCCAAGGAAUUAAUUUUUCCUGAAGAAGAUGAAGAAGAAUUGGGUGUUACACUCGGUCAACUGAAAGAAGAUAUUAUGGAGGGUGCUAGCUGCUUCUUGAUAAUGACGCACGAAGACAGGGAGGUUGGGGACAUGAAUUUGGAACGAUCGUCCAACAACAAGCAAAGAGGAGGACGAACGGUUGUUGAUGAAUUUCCGGACGUCUUUCCGGAUGAAGUGCCAGGACUGCCUCCCGUUCGUGAAGUGGAGUUCACAAUUGAUUUGGUGACUACAGCCGCACCAAUCUCAGUUCAACCGUAUCGAAUGGCACCAGCUGAAUUG